AUGUGGGGCGAGCUCGCGACGGUGGCUGCAGGUCUGACGCAGACCUACCUGGCGAGCUGCCCGUGGUGCCCCGAGCACCGGUGCCCCGACUGCCACUGCGGUCGGCGCCCUUCGAUCCCAGCUUGCCCGGCGUGCCCAGGCGCGCCCGCUGUUCGGCAAGACGCUGCAGAGGUGGAGCUGCAACUCGGGCUGCCGUGGAGCUGGGCCGUCGCGCUGCUCGGCGUGGGGUGCCUGGCCGGGGCGUGCGGCGCUGAGGCGAUCGGGGGCCUGCCGCAGCUGGCGGGAACGCCCGAGGCGGCGAGUUGCGCGUGGGUGCACGUGCUCUACAAUGGGGAGGGCAAACUGUGGCACCAGAGGCGGCGCAAGUACGACCUGGAGGAGGCGCACAUCUCGGCGGUGCGGUAUGCAGAGGCGCGAUGGCCCCCACCUCCUGGGCUGGCGCGCGGGAGCGUGUACAAGUUUCGAGCGGCACCGACCCAGCAGGAGUUGGACGACGCCUUCGACCAGUCGGAGGCUCUGGAGCGGGCGGAGCAUCGUGCGCGGGAGGCGGCGGCAGGCCGCGACCCGGCGGUGAUCCCGCCAGGAGGCUACCUGGAGCGGCUUCCUGUCCAGCCGGCGGCGGCAGCAGCGGGGGCAGGGCCUCCCGAUGCCGCGGCGGCGACGCGCGGGCAGUACCGACGAGGAGAUGAGGUGCUGCUUCCAGCGGCCGCCGUGACCUUGGGCGAUGUGGCGCUGACGCCGACAGGCGAUGGCGGGAGCUUGUGCCUGCGACGGCUGAGGCGUCAGGACGUCAUGAGCUGGGUCGGGGCGGAGGCUGCUGGAGACGCGCGGAUCCUGAACGACCCAGUGGCGCGACGGGCGAGCAAGUCGAGCGUGACUGACUUCGCCGACUGGCCCGUGGUCGGCCCCAGGACCACCGAGUGGUGCGUGAUGUUCUUGAACCGGCGAGGAGGUGGACCGAUGGACCACCACAGGUACUUCACGGUGCUGCGCGGCCUCGAGACGGGCGACUGGGGUGAGGACACGCACCGCAUGUGCCUCAAGGCGGUGGAGGAGGCGGGGACUUACGAUCACCUGGAGUUGUGCAACCUUGCGAGCUUCGAAGUCCUCUUCCGCCAGGCCCAGCUGGUAGAGUACGCGCACGAGCAGGAGAGGGUCGCCAGGCAGAUGGCUGGCGGCAAAGGAAAGAAGGGAGCUGGCAAGGGCGCAGGGCUGCUGGACGAGAGCCUGGUGUUCACAGGCCAGCACCGCGAGGCGGGCGGCGUCAUGCUGGCGCCGGAGCAGAUGGACUUCGCGUCGCGGGAGAUCGAGAGGGAUGCCAACAUCAUGAAGCAGGUGAGGAAGGCGCGAGAGGAGCGCCGAGCCCUCACCAACAACAAGAAGAAGGAUGGGGA